AUGAGUUCCGACGAGUACUUCGACGAUGAACUAGACUCUGCAUUCCUCCAGGAAGUUGAUGCCAUUGAGGCAGCCAAUACCUCCUAUUCUGCACCAGCUCGAAUGGCGAAACACGCCAAUAAACUAGUUCUGCCACACGAUGUGAUUGUGCUUAGCGACUCGGAUUCUUUCACUGCCGUAGAUUCCGGCACCGCGGACCCUGAGAGCGUUGCACAGACUCGUGGUGGUAACGACAGGCACGAUGCCCAGCCCAUUGCCGGUUCAAGUGCAGUUCAUCGCACAUCAUCGAAAGGACGACUUCAGACUACCUUGUUUGGCGACGUGCUUCAGAAGAAUGCCUCCAAAAGCAAGAUUCACAAUAAGCCGGUCUCGAAAGCCCCCGUAGAGCGCAGUCAUUCUGGUAAUAGGCAUCAGGUCGGUGGACGAACAAAGAAAACAAAGCAAUGGGACCAUACCGCUUUUGCGAAGUCCGGUUGGAGGCAGUCAGCUGCUGAGAAGAAGAGAAAGGCCAAAUCGAAGUUAUUCUGUAACGAGGAGGAGGAGGAGGAUGGCGGAGAGGAAGAACCGGUGGAAUUCGAACAGUUCCCUGCUCCUCUUCCUCCUAUGAAGACUAAACCGGAUCUCCUCGCUGGCAAGCGAUGGCUGUAUCCCCUAAACCAUCCCAAACGCGACUAUCAAUUCAACAUAGUCAAACGCUGCCUCUUCGACAAUACGUUAGUAGCGCUGCCUACAGGAAUGGGGAAGACGUUCAUUGCCGGUGUCGUCAUGCUGAACUUUUUCAACUGGUUUCCAGAAGGGAAAGUGGUCUUUCUUGCACCGUCAAAGCCACUCGUCGCCCAGCAGAUUGAAGCAUGCCAUAAGUCAUGCGGUAUUCCCGGAAGUCAGGCUGCUGAACUCACUGGUGAAACACCGAAGGCGAAGCGUCUCAAGCUGUGGGAAGCGAAGCGUGUCUUCUAUAUGACGCCACAGACUCUCCUCAGCGAUCUUAUUACAAGCAAUUGCGAUCCACAGGACAUAGUCCUCAUUGUCAUAGAUGAAGCGCACAAGGGCACCGGUGACUAUGCAUAUGCUCAAGUGUUGCGCUUUAUGAUGGCGAAGAAUCCGCACUUCCGAGUACUAGCCCUUACGGCGACGCCGGGCGGCGAUCCCGAAGCCGUGCAGGAGAUCAUCGACCGCCUGCACAUCAGCCACAUUGAGAUCCGCGACGAGGAGAGUCUCGAUCUGCGCCGGUACAUGCAUACGAAAGCCCUCGAGCAGCACAUCGUCGCGAUGAGCGAAGAUGUGAUCAAGAUCAGAGACCUGCUCGCGAAGGUCAUGCAGCCUAUGAUUAAGCAGAUUCAGAAUGCUGGUGCCAUGAUGGGCUCGUCGGAUCCAGUGACGUUGCAUUCUUUCCGGUGUCAGAAGGCCAUAGGAGAGCUUCACACCAGGAAAGCGAACUUUCUCAUGGGAACUGCUAGCAAGCUCGGAGCUCUAGCCAGAGCUAUGGGAUAUCUGCUGGAAGCGAGCACCAACAUGUGCUACUCGACAUUGAACGGGAUCUUUCUAAGCGGUGAAGAACCGAAUGGAACGAAAGGGCCCACAAACGCUCAGAAGGCUCUACAGAAUAACCCUGCAUUUCAAGCUGUGAUGAAAGAGAUCGAAGCUCAGCGGAAUCGCGGAUUUUCAGUGCAUCCGAAGAUGGAUAAACUACGAGUGCUUCUUGUGCAAUACUUUGCGACCAAGAUGUUGGACGAGGAGGAGACUGCUGCAGGCGAUCCUCCGGCUCCUGACCGCACGGAUGAGUCGCGAGUCAUGGUAUUCGUGUCGUUCAGGGAAUGUGUUGACGAGGUCGUAAAAUUCCUCAACCGAGAGAAUCCUCUGAUUAGAGCGACACGCUUCAUCGGACAAGGCACUGACAAGCAAGGAAAAAAAGGUAUAGCACAGCGGGAGCAACUCGAGGUCAUCAAGAAAUUCAAGUCAGGCGAGUUCAAUGUCCUGGUAGCAACCUCGAUCGGAGAAGAAGGCUUGGAUAUCGGUGAGGUGGACAUGAUUGUCUGUUAUGAUGCGCAGAAGACUCCGAUCAGGAUGCUGCAACGUAUCGGCAGAACGGGUCGCAAGCGCGAUGGCGUCGUUCAUGUGCUACUUGCCCAGGGCCGAGAAGAGCGCAAUUGGGACAAGGCGAACGACAAGUAUAAGAACGUGCAGCACUUCAUUGUACGUGCCGAAGAGCUUGAGCUGUACGACGAUGUGGAGCGACUUCUGCCAGACCACAUCAAACCGGAGUGUUCUGAGCUUUUCAUGGAGAUUGAAGAAUACGUGCGCGAGGACCAGGGCUCAAGGAAAGGCUCACGUGUUGACGAUGAUGGCUCCCAGCUCCCGAAGAGCAAGAAGCGCAAGAGGGAUGACAAUCCACUUCGUAAUGUUCCGGAAGGCGCGUGCGCUGGCUUCGUAACUGUCAAGGACCUCCUAGUCAAAGAUGGUGCCAAGAAGAAGCGUAAGGCCUCACCGGAGUUCGACGUACUAGCUGGUGAGGACGACGAGGAUGAUCUGGAGAUUGAAGCAGGCGUAUUUGUCCCUCCUCGUAGAACUGUCUCAACGUCGGCAGUCUCUACGGAGCCUAAGACGAAGAAACUGAGAAGGGCGAAGACUAUUGCUGCUGGUGGCGGUGACAACGAGAAGCCAAGGCCAAGGAAGUCGAAGGCCAAGCAGGUCGCUCUGCCAACAAGUAGCGACUUCGAGAGGAUGGGAGUUGACGAUGAUGAUGACAAGGAGAUAGAGAAGGGACUCGAUUUGUUGAAGAAGUGUUCAAGAGUAAAGUCACCGUCAUUGUCGCCAUCCCGUCAGAAGACGAAACGAGAGCCGACAACCAAGGCAAAUGACGAUGUCAUCGACCUCAUUACUCCUGCUCACUCUUUCCGUGAGCAUUCGGCCACCCCAUCGUUAAGCUCUUCUCCUGCUCGAUGGCCUAAGCCAAGAGCUGGAAGCAUCGCGAGCGAUGCCGAGGAAGCCCGCAAAAGCCCGUCGGUGAUUGUCCUGAGCUCUUCUCCUGAUCUUCCUCUCAGGUCCCGCAGCGGGAGUGCUUCCAGCGGCCACAAGCCACAGACUACCGCUGAGAAGCCGCGGUCAAGACAGCGUUCUUUAAGCCCCCCGUCCUCACAGGGUCAGGCGGGGGGAAGUAUGGCAUGGCUUAUAGAUGACGAUGACGACCCAGACGUCCAGCUCGAACAUUCCUCGCCGCUUCCUCGUGGCGAAGUUCUGCUCCAAGAAGAGACUUCGGAGGACGACAUUGACCUGCUAAGCAGACUUGAUGUCCGCUCUUCACGCUCAACUUCUCAGACUGCAAGCCUCCAUGCCAAAUCGAAGAGUAAAGUCGCCCACGGGAAGGCGCUCGCAGCCGGACAAAUGUUACCGCCCGCAUUGCCCGCUCGUUUUGCGGAACCAUCUUCCUCACCUUCUGAUGAAGCAUUACCGCCGGCAACGUUUGCCGUCCGCGCACCAGGGAAGACAGCAAAGAAACGAGUUGUGGCCGUUGACUCGUCACCCCUAGCAACGCCCCCACCAUCUCAACGACGCUUACAGCGUGAGCAAUGCUCUCCAUCACCACCUUCCCGCAGAGGCAACGCUGCUAAACCUAGGAAGCGACAAUUCAAGAAUCUCGCAGAAGCGCAGAAACGUAACCCUUGGAUCGACGUGGAAGCAUCUCAUUCGGGCGACGAGCGUAGCGUAGGGUCCUCAGGUCCUGAACAUUCUGGUGAUGAAUAUGAGAAGGACUUUGUAACGGGAUCCCCAGCAACGCAAGCCUCGCCGUCAUACGAUCAGAGUGCCGUUUAUCGGCGGAGUCUGUUCACGCAAGCCCCGGGAGGUGCAGCUAAGAACCCUAUCUUUGCUGAUCAUCCUGCGAGACCAGGCCGGGGUUCUCGUGCCCGUAAUGAUUUCUCAAGUGCACGGCAUGUCUUGUCCAGUUCCCCGCCGCUUGAAGAUGAAGAUGACGACUAUAUGCUAGGCAGUUUCAUCGUGGACGACGACGCAGAGAUCUCGUUUUCUGCUUCUGCCUCCAGUGACUUGUAG